GCGGGGAGCGGGUUAAUUUCAAAUCGGGGGCUUGACUACUCCUGGACGGUCACGCUCCCUCUGCCCUCCCGCCGGCCCGCCAGUGCCGGGCUCGGCCUUUCCCUCUGGCACCCACCUCAGCACGCCCUAAGGACCGACUGAAGGCCGGACUCGCGGGCUCCGGAGCCUGAGCGGGGAAGAGGUGCCAAGAAGUCCCGGCUCAGAUUCCGCCCGCUCCAACUGCGAGGAUACUAAACUUUUUAACAGAAUUGAUUGGACUACUUGAACCAUCAGGAUAUUAGGAGGAACUUCAGAUUCUUUACUUUUUAAGAAAUUCUAAAUGUAUGAGACAUUUACAGGAUGGAGAACGAAAAGGAAAAUCUCUUUUCUGAGCCACAUAAAAGGGGACAGAUGAAAACACCGCUGAAAGAAUCUACUGCAGCAAACGCAGUGUUGUCGGAGACCCAGUCUGACUUUGGCCCUUUGACCACACCCACCAAGCCCCAGGAAACCUCCCAGGGAGAACCCUGGACGCCAACAGCCAACCUGAAAAUGCUCAUCAGUGCUGUGAGCCCGGAGAUCCGCAACAGAGAUCAGAAAAGGGGGCUGUUUGACAACAGGAAUGGAUUACCAGAGCCCAGGGACUGUUUGCACGAACACUUAUCAGGAGAUGAAUACGAGAAAUCCCAACCAAGUCGAAAGGAGAAAAGUUUAGGGUUGUUGUGUCAUAAAUUCUUAGCACGAUAUCCUAAGUAUCCCAACCCUGCCGUGAAUAAUGACAUCUGUCUUGACGAAGUAGCUGAAGAGCUUAAUGUUGAGCGUCGACGCAUUUACGAUAUCGUGAACGUCCUAGAGAGUUUACACAUGGUGAGCCGCCUCGCCAAAAACAGGUACACUUGGCAUGGGCGACAUAAUCUCAACAAAACCCUUGGGACUUUGAAAAGCGUCGGGGAGGAAAACAAAUAUGCCGAGCAGAUCAUGAUGAUCAAGAAGAGAGACUAUGAACAGGAGUUUGACUUCAGUAGGAGUUACAGUAUAGAGGAUCAUAUCAUCAAGACAAACGCUGACCAAAACGGACACCCGGACAUGUGUUUCGUCGAACUCCCUGGAGUAGAAUUUCGGGCAGCUUCUGUAAACAGCCGCAAAGACAAGUCUUUAAGAGUGAUGAGCCAGAAAUUCGUGAUGCUGUUUUUGGUGUCGACGCCUCAGAUAGUGAGCUUAGAAAUUGCUGCCAAGAUUUUAAUUGGGGAGGACCAUGUGGAAGAUUUGGAUAAAAGCAAGUUUAAAACAAAAAUUAGGAGGUUGUAUGAUAUAGCUAAUGUUCUGAGUAGCCUGGAUCUUAUCAAGAAAGUUCAUGUGAAUGAAGAAAGAGGUCGAAAACCAGCUUUUAAAUGGACAGGCCCAGAAAUCAGUCCUAAUUCCAGUGGUCUCAGCCCCGUUAUUCCCUUCACCCCCUCAGACUCGGAAGGGGGGCAGCCUUCAAAGGAGAACUGUGCCAAAAACCUCUUUUCCACACGCGGGAAGCCAAACUUUACUCGACACCCAUCUCUUAUCAAACUAGUUAAGAGCAUCGAGAAUGACCGGAGGAAGAUAAAUUCGGCCCCCAGUAGCCCUAUCAAGACCAACAGAGCUGAGAGUUCGCAGAAUCCUGUGCCCUUCCCAAAUAAAAUGGCUCAGCUCGCAGCUAUUUGCAAAAUGCAGUUGGAAGCGCAAUCAAGUGAACCCAGAAAGAAAACAAAAUUACAGCCGGCAAGAUCCGGGCACUGCCAGCCAGGGGCCCCCCUGGACUUCCCAGUGAAUGCUGAGCUGGACCUGACAGCACCGGCCCUCCUCCAGCCCCUGGGCGUGGUCCCUCUGAUCCCCAGCACACUGUCAUCAGCAGUGCCCGUGAUCCUACCUCAAGGUCCACCGGGCUCGUCCUAUGCCAUCUACUUGCAGCCAGCCCAAGCCCAAACCGUGACGCCGCCCCAAGGCCUGAGCCCCACAGUCUGCCCUAACCCCUCUUCUAAAGCUACGAGAUCGAAAGACUGCCCCGAUGCCACCACCGAGGAAGCAGCCAAUGACGCCACGAAGCCCAGUGCCUCCACCAGGCCUGGAAGCCUGUUGCUGGUGCCGGAGAGACAAGGUGCACAGAACCAGGACAGAGAACCUGCAGGAGGAAGAGGCUCAAAGAGGACAGGCAUCGUCGAGGACACUGGUUCCAAAAAGAAAUUUAAAGAAGACCUGAAAGGACACGAAAAUGUUCCCACGACCUUGUUCCCAUCAGGAUACCUAAUCCCUCUCACCCAGUGCUCUCCCCUGGGGGCAGAGUCUGUCCUGCAUUGUAAAGAAAACUCAGGUACGCUUUCUCCGAACCACAGGAUUUACAGCUCCCCCAUCGCAGGUGUUAUUCCAGUGACAUCAUCUGAACUCACUGCUGUUAAUUUUCCCUCUUUUCAUGUAACACCCCUGAAGUUAAUGGUCUCCCCAACUUCCAUGACGGCUGUACCUGUGGGGAGCAGCCCGGCUCUCACUUCGAGCCACCCCAUUCCCAUCCAGAACCCAAGCUCAGCCGUUGUCAACUUCACCCUGCAACACUUGGGGCUCAUCUCCCCCAGUGUACAGGUGUCUGCCAGCCCUGGGCCCGGAACUGUCCCCAUGUCUCCAAGAUUAGAGGCCGUUAGUGUCAGACCAGAAAAUGCAGGCCCUCAGCAAGGACGGGCCACCAGGUACGACUCUCCUGCCCUGGGCCAGAACCAGCCGAAUGGACAGUCCAUCGCUGUGACAGGGGCACAACAGCCUGUUCCAGUAACGCCUAAAGGGUCACAAUUAGUGGCUGAAAGUUUCUUCCGUACCCCAGGCGGACCAGUGAAAUCAAUGGGCUCCUCCUGCGUAGAUUUCGAUGGUGCUAAUAAAACCUCCACAGGGACCCUCUUUGUCCCCCAGCGAAAACUGGAAGUCUCAACAGAGGAUGUCGGUUAAUUGACAAAUUCGGCUUCAUUUCAUUUUCUAAGGAGUUGCUUCAGAGAGAAGGUGUACUCAGACUGGCUUGGAGAAUACGGUCUCUGAAAAUACUAUAAAUAUGUUGAGGAUUUUCUUACUUUCAAAACAAAGAAUUGUUUUUACACACACACACACACACACACACACAUAUGUAUUUGUAUUAAACUAAAUUCACCCAUCAGUCCUAAAAAAAUAAAAGUAAAAUGUUGAACUAAGGUAUACUAGCUUCUAGGGGGGAAAGAAUGAAUUAUUUCACCUGUGCCUAUACUAUGCCAUUAUGCAAAGUAACUGUAUUAAAGUUUACAUCUCUGAAUGAAUAUGUGACAUGCCUAACACAGCAUUCUCUUAAACUUUGCACAAAGAAAAAGCUGUGAUUUAUAAUGUAUUUUUAAAUAGGAGGGCUGGAGCUAUAUUUUUUGUAAUUUUAAUGUUUUUGUUGCAGUAUGUCUUUUUGUAAAGUUUGCAACAAUUCUCAAUC